GAAGUCUCAAAAUGCCCGGAAGUGUAUCUCUUAGAGGAGUCAUCGAGUAUUUUUAUCAAAACAGAAGCGAUUGUUUUAAAAGAGACAAGGCAAGAUGCUAGAGAAGCACAGGCACUUGUUGAUUAAGUUUAGGGGAGAAAUUGUGGAAGAUUUGUUAGUGGACGAUGUGCUUCCUUACCUGCGGAGCAAGUUUGUGUUAGACUCUGAGGACGCUGAGGUCAUUCGAAAGGAGCUUACUUCCCGAAGGCAAGCAGAAAAGCUUCUGGACAUUCUUUCAUCGAAAGGAUACAACACAUUUGAUCACUUUUUCACCGUUCUUAAAGAGAAAUACCAACAUCUCGCGCAACUUUUAUCGAGUGAUGAGAGUAGCGAGGAUGAAAACGGGUUUAAUCAUGUCACGGAAGAUAUCGACUCACCACUACAAUUGCAAAUGAUGACUCAGGACCAUGCUAAUCUCCUUAUUGCCAACCGAGUGGAAAUUGUUGAAGAUCUCUUGGUUGAUGAUGUACUUAACUUUCUUCAGAGUAAAAUGGUAUUUGAUGUUCAUGAUACUGAGCUAAUCAGAGCAGAAGUAACAUCAAGAAGACAGGCAGGGAAGCUGCUAGACUUGUUGGAGACUAAAAAUGAUGCAGCCUUUUAUCAUUUCCGUAAGGCAUUGGAAGAACCUUAUCCUCACUUGGUGGAAUAUUUGCAAGAAAAUGCUGCUGCUCCAAGGAAAGUAUCAAAAGCUAAAGAGUUAUCAGAGAGAGUUGAAAAUGUCCUUCUAGAGGGUGGUGUGCCUCAGCGGCCAGCGAUUUUUGCCCACAGGGGAAGAGAUAUUCACAAAAUUCAUGCAGCAUUAAAGUCCCUAAAGGAGAGAGAUGGCUGGGUUAUUCUGCAUGGAAUGGCUGGCUGUGGAAAGACUGUCUUAGCCUCUGAAGCUCUUAGAAGUGCUGUUGUCUUGGAUGAGUGCUUCCCAGGUGGUGUUCACUGGAUACGAAUAGGCCCUGUAGAUCAACCUAAACUUCUCAUGCACAUGCAAAAUCUUUGUGCCAGACUUGAUUCUGAUCAUAAUCGACAACCUCCACGAAACACUGAAGAAGCUAAGGACAGGUUAAGGGUGCUCUUUGCGCACCAGCACCCUCGAUCAUUGCUAAUUCUUGAUGACCUUUGGGAUUCCUGCGAUGUGAAGUUCUUUGAUGUCCGUUGCCGUAUCAUUGUUACCACUCGUGAUGCAGCUAUCACAGACAUGGUGGGUGGAUCGAAAGCUAAAGUUCACAUUAGUGAGGGUUUUACAGAAGAUGAAUCACUUCAAAUUUUGGCUGAGUGGACAAAGCAGCUGCCCAAGAAAAACCUCCCAGCUGAGGCAAAAGAAAUCUUUAAACUUACAAAUGGUUCUCCCUUAGCAAUAAGUAUGAUAGGUGCUCUGCUUCGAGAUCAUCCUACGAGAUGGGAAUAUUAUGUCAAACAACUGAAAAAGAAGAAUGUCAGUAAGCUUAAACCACAGUUUGAGUAUCAAUAUCCAACUUUGACAGAAGCAAUUCGCAUGAGCAUCAAUAACCUGCCUGAUGAACUAAGGGACAUUUAUGAAAGCUUUGCUGUGUUUCAUGAAGAUUGUAAAGUUCCUGCCCAGGUCCUCAUUAUACUGUGGAAUGAGGAGUUUGAAGUUGUGGAAGACUGGAUGGAAGACUUGGUGAACAAAUCCUUGGCGAGAAGAACAGUGGAUUCAGAAGAUGCAAUUGGUACAUGGUACACUGUGCAUAACUUGCAGCUAACUUUCCUUCAUGAACAGGCCACAAACCUGGAAGCUCUGCACAAGAAGCUGGUGGAUAGAUACAGAAAGGUGUAUAAGGGAAACUUUAGUGAGAUGAAAAAUGAUGGCUAUAUUCACCGGAAUCUUUUGCGACACAUGCUUAGAGCAGGUCUGAUAGAAGAGGCACAGCAACUUAUCACAGAUCUAAAAUGGCUGGCUGCUAAACUAGAUGUCACUGGACCGGCUGAUCUACUGAAUGACUAUUUAGCAGUCAAAGGACAUGAAGACAGCAAGGAACUGAAAGUCAUCAAUGAUUUCCACCAUUUUGUAAGUGUGAAUGCCCAUCGUUUUGUGGAGAAACCUCUUCCAGAUUUAAUCCAGAUGGGUCUUAGUGAAUCCAGAGACUCUGAAGUCUAUAAACAGGCAUAUGACAAAGCCAUUCAGCUGGGAGGGGAUGGCAAGUUUUAUCUUGAUUGGAGUAACCGUGCAGAGGAGUCUCAGGAUACACUUCUCAUAACAGUGAAAAUUCACCAAGGAGCAGUGUACUGUUGCAGUUUUUCACAGGAUGCGAGCAAAGUGGUGUCUUGUGGUGCUGACAAAACUGUAAAGGUUUGGGAGAGUCAAUCAGGCAAAGAGCUGCUGUCCAUGAUGGGCCAUACUGAUGUGGUAUACUGCUGUGCAUUCUCCACUAAUGAUGUCAGAAUUGUUUCAUGUUCUGCUGAUCACAGAGUCAAGAUUUGGGACAGCAGUAGCGGAAAAGAACUACUGACUUUCAGUGGCCACAACCAAGAAGUAUUCAAGUGCAUGUUUUCACCAGAUGACAAGAAAGUUGUUUCCUGCUCUGCUGACAAGACUGUCAAGGUGUGGAGUUGUGAAGAUGGCACAGAAUAUGUGAAUUUCACAGGUCAUGCAGAUAUUGUCCGCUGUUGUUGUUAUUCUCCUGAUGGUUCACAAAUUGUGUCUUGUUCUGAUGACACUCUUGUGAAGGUCUGGGAUUCAACAUCAGGACAAGAGUUGUUUACCCUUGAGGGAGGAACAACUAGUGCUGUGACAUUUUGCUGUUUCAAACCGACUUCACACAGUAUAGUUGGUGUUUCAGAUACUGUUGCUAAGAUUUGGGACUCGAAAACUGGUGAAGAAUUAAAGACCCUUUAUGCAUCUUCCACCCCUCUUUCACUGGCAUAUUCACAGGAUGAUAGUAUUUUAGCGGUGGGUCUGUCAGACACAACGGUACAGCUGUGGAAUACAGUCAAUGAAGGAAGCAUAGGUGUGUACCGAGGUCACUCAGGCUGGGUUCACUGUGUUGCCCUGUCACAGGAUGCCAGCAAGUUGGUUUCAUCCUCUGAUGAUGAAACUGUCAAGAUCUGGAAAGUUGACAACACCAAUGUUCAAGAGUGUAUGAAACUCAGAAUGGUGUUUGAUGUGAUGUUUAGAGGGGAUUCCCUGACUAUUGCCAUUACAGACACAUCCAACAGGCUGAUGAUAUUUGAAGGUGAAAACACCAAACUGUUGUCACAAAGUGUAGUUAACCAAAUAAAAAUCACAAGCAUUAGUUUUAACAGUGAUGGAAAUCUUUGGAGUGAAAUGUUGGUUUGGAAUGUACAGAGUGGAUCUCUACAGUUUUCAUGCCAACACAGCAGUGAAGAGUAUGUUCUCUCCUGUGAUGUUUCUCAAGAUGACAAGAAAUUAUUGUCAGCUUCAGUGGAUAAAUAUGCAAAGGUUUGGGAUUCUUCCACCGGAGAGCUUUGUUGCUCUUUUGGGCCACACCCUGAUGUUGUGAGGUCUGCGUCAUUUUCACAAGACAACAAGUUUAUCUGCACAGGCUGCGAUGAUGGAACUGUCAGAGUGUGGAAUAUGUGUGAUGGUAACAAAGAACUUGCUGUUUGCAGUAAACAUGAUGCUUGGGUUGCCAACUGUUGGUUUUCAAGCAACAGUGACCUGUUGGUAUCUGUCAGCAACAAUAUAAAGUGGUGGAAAAGAGAUGGAACACUCUGUCAACAAUUUAACCUCAAAGGAACCCAAGCCAAAAGUAUCUAUGUCUCUCCAGACUUCUCCACUUUUGUAUCAGUGGACAACAUAGGGACAAUUUAUGUACUCAAAAGAAUCACAUAGGAGCUGACUAGAUACAUGUUACAACUUCCAGCAAGUAAACCAAGGUAGCGCAGUGGUACAGAAUGGACAGAUUUUGCACUUCAGGGAAAUUAGAUUGAUUGUAAAUCUUUUCGUUGUUGAUGUAUGCCUGUGGAUGUUGAAAGUGGUAUGCAAGUAACAGAGUCUGGUCUCAAACUGACUUUUUGAGAUCCAAAAAAAAUCUGAGGUUACAAGAACAUUUUUGAAGAGAUUUAAGUUGCACCUAACUGUAAUAGAUUUUAAACAUAUCUAUUGCUUAUAAUGUUAUUGUUUAGAGAAUUCAGAUUUAAAAGUUUGUUUCAAUGUUUUCAAAACAUGAUUCUAUUCCUCAUGGGAACUCAGAAUUUUUUUCUUUGUCCCAUGCUUAUGACAAGGUGAUAAAACAUCUUUCUCUAUUUCUUAACCGAGCUUAACAACAAUAAUUCUAUUCAUAAGGCCAUUGCAUGUAACUUUGUUAGAAGUUUACACCACAAAAUUUGGUCAGUGCAUUCAGGUUAGGGUUAGUUUUAAAAGUCAGUAUUAGUUUUGAUUUAAAAUUAAUGCUGACUGCAUUUCAGGCACCAGAUGGUGUGGUGUUUGUAAAAUCUUGAUGAUAGUUUUGCUAGUGUGUUAGCAAAGUUCAGACUUUUCAAAUUGAAGAAUGACAGAAUUAUUGUAAGGCAACAAGAUAAAUCAGAUAGAAUAGACAUUGGAAACUCCUUUGCAUUCUUAGCCAAGUUCUACUUUUUUGUAAAAUAACUACCAAAAGCCUAAGUUUGCCUUUAUCAAGCUGAAAAAUAGAGGUGGCAAAAUCAAAGCAAAAAGAAAUUUACAAUAAUAUACUUAAGAAUUUCAGGAAAAAAGCAUAUACCAGUAAAUGAAAAAUUAGUGUUGGAAGAUUCCCUUUACCUUAAAUAUUUUUUUAAGGAUGGCAUGUGCAGUUUUGAUCCUUGUACUUCUACUGGUCUCUUUUUUAUGCUUGAAGCUUUCAAACUGUUGCACUCAUAAAUUCUGCAAUAAUUUUUUUGUACAAGCAAAUGCCAUUGCUCUCACUUUGUUGCCGUGUUAAAUUGCACUUACCAAUGAGAGGUGUAUGCAUUGUUUCAUUUCAUAUAGUUUGCACCAUAAAACUGCUUAAGUUAAAAUAAAUUUUUAGAGAAUGUUAUUGUA